AUGAGAAUAAAGAUCAACAGAAAUAGGUCAUGGCCAAGAGCCAUAAUUGACUUUGUCGAUUCGUACUUUAACAACUGCUGCAUUCACGGGUUCAGGUAUCUUGUUCAAACUAUACUUAUUUUGCUUGAAAGGAUCCUCUGGCUUUUAUUAUUAUUAGUCUCUAUAUAUUACUGCAUUAUUGUCUGUCUGGCAUCCAUUGAUCGUUAUUACACCAAGAGCACACAUAUCGGACUAGAGAGAAACUAUCACUUUUGGAACACAUCAGUGCCAAGCUUGACAGUUUGUCCCAUGCAACGAAUUAAUGAAACCUUUUUCGCUGAUUUUUGCAGAAAAAAUAGCAUCAAAGGCGCCCAAAGAAAUAUUUUUUGGGACUUUAUUGAGAACUUGGCCAACUCCACGUAUAUUAAUUUUCAAAAUAUCCCCGAAAGCAAUGAAAUUGAUAGCAUAAUCAAAGAUUUAGACCUGAAACCGGAACACUAUAUGGAGUUAAUUUACAAUCUCACCUUUGAUAGCACCUACGAACCGAUUGAAAAACAACGUACUCGUUGCAUCGAUGGACAGCUAAACAUUCACGUUCGUCAGGUCCUAACCGAAUACGGAUUGUGCUAUAUGGGGAACUCCAAAUUAGGAGAGGAGUAUAGUUCCCGAUAUUUCAUUUUUGGACAGUAUCCAGAACCCAAUAAAUAUGAAAUGACGCGUAAGGUAAUUCAAUAUCAAAUAGGUUCCUACUUCGAAAAGGAUGUUGGACAUACUCUACUCGGAUUUACCAGUGAAGCUAUUGAUAGUUUUAUACAUUCCGUCUACGAGGUAAUGAAAGUGGAUAAUAAUUUUGGUUACUCUACGGAAGGUGUGGUUUAUGAUCCUGUCACUGAAGAAAUAACUGCUGAAGAUAAUAUAGAAAAGGAAGCCACCGUAGGAAUGAGAAAGUGUCGUUAUUAUCACGAAUCAAAUUUAACUCAUUUUCCAUUUUAUACUCGAAAUGUUUGUCAGCAAGAGUGUCGCAUUAAUCUGGCCUAUAAAAUUUGUAAAUGUAUCCCUCAUUUUUAUCCUAAUCGGAUUUCUCGUCCAAAAAAAGUAUGUGAUUAUAAAACUUUAAGGUCCUGUUUUCCUAGGCAUGCAAAUUUCUUUCUAAAACUUUACGAAGAAAAUGGAAAACAUGAGAAACCUUCAACUUGUUAUUGUGAACAAAAUUGCGUGGAUGCCGUUGUUACAACAAGAUCUGCUUUGCCAAUGAUAGGCUCAAGGCAGUUACUUGGCAGUAUUGGAAGCUCUGUAUCUAUUAAAACUUGGCCACAAAGUCGCCUUAAACGUCAAGUUAUAUUUUCAUUCACGGAUUUAUUAGUUUCGAUUGGGGGAACAGCCGGAUUGUUUCUGGGAUUCAGUGUUUUGGGUUUAGUUGAACUUUUGUAUUUUUUCACAAUUCGAUUAAUUUGGCAAAUCUUUGGUUACUCCAUCUAA